AAGAGUGUCUCUCACAUAAACUUCCGGUAGGGUGUGAGCUUGAAGCGGAGGAUCCGUGUGGAAUUAAAAAACUGAACAUUUCGCUCUUUUCGUCCGUUUACAGACGGAAAAGCUCUUUAAUUCUGUCUCGGUUUGUCCGGUAGCUGGACGGUGCUCGGUGGUUGUCGCUGUGUCACGUCAUAGAGCGUUAACGACUUUUCUAACUCCCGCUGUGCUGAGCUCCGUGUCCUCACAAGAUGUCCAAGUCUCUGAAGAAGAUUGUGGAGGAGAGUCGGGACAAGAACCUGCCCGAAGUGGAGAUGUGUGACAGAGGCAUUUCUAACAUGCUGGACAUCCCGGGAUUGUUCACUCUGUCCAACAUCACUCAGCUGGUCCUCAGCCACAACAAGCUGACAGCGGUUCCCGCUAACAUCUCUGAGCUGAAGAACCUGGAGGUUCUCAACAUGUUCAACAACCAGAUCGAGGAGCUGCCGACCCAGAUCAGCAGCCUGCAGAAGCUGAAACACCUCAACCUGGGGAUGAACCGUCUGAGCAGUUUACCCCGAGGGUUCGGUUCGCUGCCAGCUCUGGAGGUGUUAGACCUCACCUACAACAACCUGAACCAGAGUUCCCUGCCCGGGAACUUCUUCUAUCUCACCACCCUUCGUGCUCUCUACCUGAGUGACAAUGACUUCGAGGUCCUGCCUGUUGACAUCGGGAAGCUGACCAAGUUACAAAUAUUGAGUCUGAGGGAUAACGAUCUGACCUCGUUGCCUAAAGAGAUCGGGGACUUGGCUCAACUCAAAGAGCUUCACAUCCAGGGCAACAGACUGACUGUCCUCCCCCCUGAACUUGGUAAUCUGGAUCUGACUGGUCCUAAACAGGUGUUUAAGGCAGAGAAUAAUCCCUGGGUCACUCCCAUCGCAGACCAGUUUCAGCUGGGGGUCUCUCAUGUCUUUGAAUAUGUUCGCUCAGAGACCUACAAGUAUCUGUAUGGCAGACAUAUGCAGGCCAACCCAGAGCCUCCAAAGAAGAGCAAUGAUAAAAGUAAGAAGAUAAGCCGUAAACCUCUGGCCACCAAGAACAAGUGAUGAAGAAAUGGAGGAUGAUGAGGAUGAUGAACUCACUCAGCUCAGCCUGCAUGUGCCUUUUUCUUCUCUUUUUUUUAUUACAUGGAAACUUAUCACAUUUUUUUUAAUAUAUUGAUGUAGUGAUGUGUGUUGGACUGUGUUCCUCUGAAGGUCAGUUCAGGUGGAUGUUUCUUUUCAACUUCCUAACUGUUUGAGCCCUGGUGCUAAAAAAUAAAAGUGUCUUCUCAUGCUGGUUGCCCUCGACGAGGACCAGAGGUAUUUUAAGUUAUAAUGUUCAGUCCUGUGAGGCGACGCUGUUAAACUGUUAUAAUGCCAAAGGUUCAGCUUCAUUGUGGUUCCAUUGUCCACUGGAAGCCAUGUUUUUACUACAGAGUAAUUUACAUUUAUUUUAUAAUAACAUAACAUUACAUAAUUAUAUGUUUUACUAACAUAUUGAAAACUUAUGCAGCUUAUUUAGAUAAUCACUAUAUGCCUAACCCUUUAUACUGCCCCCAUGUCUGUCAACUGAACACAGAUUAUUACUCUCCACUCUACCUUUACUUCCUCCUCCUUAUGAAGUCAAGUGUCACUCACAUUUCAGCCUGUUGCACAAAAUUAAUGAAUGUAAUCAUUUUUAAAUUCACCAUGCUUUAAUCACAGGCCAAAUAUACUGGGUUCAUUGUGUCAAACAUUUCAAAUAAAACAAUCACAAUCUUCUCAUGAAUCAUGUCAGAUAAAUACACAGUAAAAGCCUAAACACUG